GCGAUGGGUUUUAUCGGCUACUUCCUCGUAUUGGUCGUUUCUUCAGUGGUCUCUUGCACUAAGUUUGAUGAAUUGUUUCAAUCAAAUUGGGCACCAGAUCAUCUCCUCAUUGAAGGAGACUAUGCCAACUUAACACUCGACUCUCUUUCUGGUUGUGGAUAUGAGUCCAAGAAGAAGUAUCUGUUCGGGGAAGCCACUGUCCAAAUCAAACUGGUGGAGGGGGAUUCUGCAGGGAUAGUGACAGCCUUCUACAUGUCUUCAGAGGGGCCUAACCAUGAUGAGCUAGAUUUUGAGUUUCUGGGGAAUGUGUCGGGAGAGCUAUAUUUGGUUCAGACCAAUGUGUAUACUAAUGGCACUGGAAACAGAGAGCAGAGGCACACUCUUUGGUUUGACCCCACAGCCGAUUUCCAUUCUUAUUCCCUCUUCUGGAAUCGUCGCUCUAUAGUGUUUUUGGUGGACAGAAUUCCCAUAAGAGUGUUUGAGAACAAAGAAGAAAGUGGUGUGGGUUACCCCAGGAGCCAAGCCAUGGGAGUUCGAGGUUCGAUAUGGAAUGCGGAUGAUUGGGCAACACAAGGAGGAAGAAUUAAAACCAAUUGGAGCGAUGCACCAUUCGUGGCAACAUUUCGGGAUUUUGAAAUUAAAGCUUGCGAGUUGGAGCCGGAGACGGAGGAUGCAGAGGCCAAGUGUGGACCGACAAGGCAAUUCUGGUGGGACAAACCAUCGCUGAGAGUGUUAAGCAGGCACAAAGCACAUCAACUCAAGUGGGUUCGUGCAAGGCAUUUGGUAUACGAUUAUUGUAAAGAUACUGCCCGAUUCAUUGAGUUACCAAAGGAAUGCGUUUAACAUUUCAUGUACGCCCAGAAAAUUCACUUUUUUUAAAUUGCUAAUUUCAUUGCAUCUUCAACAAGAAUAAUGAUGGAUUGCACUGGUAAA